CGGACCAUCUAGGUAAGCAGCCAGGCACCUCCACUAAUAAACCGGGAUAGUAUCUAGUCAGCAUGCAAUACGACGUCGUGCAACUUUCCUAACUGAGGAAUUGUUUGCGUUACUUCUUAUCAUAUUUGGCGAACCCGACUGGGUAGCGCACGCAAGCUGACGUGCUAGAAGAUAGUCUUUAGGUUACUUGGUUAAGGCACCCAGCUCCCGUCGAUCCGGAUCUCCAUAGCAUAUAAUUCCCAACCUUGGCACUUUGCUAUCCGUUCUCUUGGUAUCGAUCGCAUAGUUUCAGCUAAGGACAUGAAGCUGCAUUGGUUGUCGAUUGGCCUCCUGGCCGCCCUUUCUCGGGAUGCCGGAGCAAUGCAAAUAAAGCGUGAAGCGCCUCGGGAUAAGCUUCAAUAUGGCGUUCAUUACUUCGAUCAGAAGAUCAACCAUUUCCCCGACAAUGAGCUGUUCUCCAAGUCUAAUCUGAGCCAUGGCACCUUCAAGCAGCGAUAUUACUUCGACAGCUCUUACUAUAAGCCUGGCGGGCCUGUCUACUUGUACAUCUCAGGAGAGACCAGCGGUCCGAGUAGAUUCUCAAAUCUACAGACCGGAAUUAUUCAAAUUUUGAUGCAAGCUACGAAUGGCUUAGGUGUCAUCCUUGAGAACCGCUACUAUGGAGAUUCUUUCCCCUUUAAAACCAGCACCACGGAUGAGCUACUCUUCCUCACUACAAACCAAACCAUAGCUGACAACGCCCACUUUGCUCAGAAUGCUGUGUUCCCCGGUGUUAAUGGAAGCCUCACCGCGCCUAACACGCCGUGGAUAGUGUACGGCGGUAGCUUGGCGGGAGCGCAGACGGCUGCAUCGAUUAAGGUGUACGGAGACAUCCUCUACGGUGGAAUUGCCGCUUCAGCUCCGAUCAAGGUGAACGUGGGCUAUCCCGAAUGGUACAACCCAAUCCAGAAAUACGCCCCCCAGGAUUGUGUCACGCGGAUCAAUAAGAUCGUGGACAAGUUCGACCUCCUUGUGGCCAAGAACCACACCAAAGCAAUCAAGCAAUUCAAGGCUUUCUUCGGUCUCGAAUCUCUAACAGACCACCGAGACUUUGCAGCAGCUAUUGCAGACCCUAUAGGAAAUCCUGGAUUCUACCACUCAAACACGUGGCAGGAAUUGAAUUGGAAUUCCACUUUCGGAUCGAGAGACUUCUUCUACUUCUGCGGCAAUGUUUCUGAUAUCGAUGCCCCAGAAGAGAUUACUCAAGUGGACAAUGUGUUGGCAAACUACACCAAUGGUGAACCCUGGACCGGCCUUGGUAGUUAUGCCAAUUAUGUGAAGCGUUAUACCCUCCCGCUGUGCCCUUCGGGUGACUAUAAUAGCAACGAUUGCUGGGGAACUCAAAAUGCGUCAGCAUGGGCUAGUAUAGAAAACACUUCUACACGCUCGUAUCUUUACACAAGCUGUAUAGAACAGGGCGCAUACAUCGCCGCACCAAAAGAGGGGCCGGCUUUAUUGUCUCGAGUGGUAGAUACCGACUACGAGCAACAAUGGUGCCGCUGGGCAUUUGCCCCUGGGAAAUACAACUCGAUCCCCUCCACUCCGGACGUGGAAGCAUACAACGGCUUCGGCGCAUUCAACUUCACAGCCGACCGACUAGCAUUCAUCGACGGGGACCAGGACGUGUGGAACGACCUGUGCUACCACUCCAGCUUCGCGCCCGCGCGCACGUCGUCCGACCUGCACCCGGAGCUGCUCAUCACGGGGGCCGGCCACCAUUGGGACUCGUACGGCAUCCUGGACGUGGAAGCCGAGCCGCAGUUCAUCCGAGAGGCGCAUAAGUGGGAGAUCAAGACGGUGAAGAAGUGGCUUAGGGGCUUUGAGGAGUGGAAAGAGUCGAAGAAGGUGUAGGGGGUGGUGCUUAGAGUGUUACCUACCUAUGGCACGGAUGGCUUAUGCGAAUAAUGAGAUAUUUGAAAGCAUGCGUUUUGGAUAGAUAGAUUAGGUAGUAGUCAUCAUACUUAAUGUAUACCUCUAUUGACGCUCACCUCGUACUACCUAUACGGUUUGGUGAGAAACUUGGAACCAGUAAGAAGAUCAAACGUGAUGCCGCUAUGAAAAGUGACAGACCUUAUGUAAUAAAGUUGCUCCUCGACUUCCUAGGAAGUUUUGUCAGGCCCUGGCUAAAAUAAAUGUGCCACACCUGAAAGUCUCACCAAAACAUAUAGAUUUCAUUGUUAGUUUUAAACACAACGCAAAUAACGAAGAAGAAAAAUAUUAUGAUCGAUAUAAGAUAUAAUAUGGAUAUUUCAUAUUUACA